AUGAACUUUAUGAAUUUUAUAAAAAACUAUAUUAUCAUAUUUCUAUUUCAGUUUCUGAGGAGAGCUAAAAGUGAACCUGUUACAUUAAUAUAUCAGGAAUUAACAUCAGAAUUUGGUCAAUAUCUUAAAAGUAACACAAGCAAUAAAUCUGAAAUUGAUGAUAAUAGAAUUAUUGAUGUUUGCGGUAAAUCUAAUGCUAAGUUGGAAUUUUUAAUCCAACAUGUACCUUUAGUUAGUGAAGGUUAUAUUAACAUGACCUGUAAAUGCAUGAUGAUUGAAAGUGAAGGAGUACCUGAUCUAAAUGGUAGUCAAUUAAGAGGACUAAAUUGUACUUCAGAAAAUAAUUUAUUAAGUCCAAAUUCUGAUUUUGAAUAUGAUGAUGAUUUUAAGGAAUUUAUGAGUGAUUCUAAAUUAAUUGAAUCUUUGAAGAAAAUAUAUAUUCAAAAGUCAUUAAAAUUAGAAGUUAUAUUAAGUAUUAAUAACAAUCAACAAGAAGAAUUUUGCAAAGUUAAUAUGAUUGGACUUAAGGAUGAUUUAGUUGUAUUUCCAAAACUAGAUUCUGAACAUUUUUCUUUAAUUGAACUUGGAACAUCUUUUUGUCAUUAUAUGGGAAUACAUGAAAACAUAUUCUUUCAACAUCCUUCACCAGUUACUGAGAUCUUGGAAGGAGAUAUUUUUCAAGACGAGUAUUAUUUUUAUCCAGGUUAUAAUCUAAUUGAAGAAUUUGAAAGGGCUAGUAAGUACUUCAAUGAGGAGGAUCUUUUUGAAUGGGAUUUACAAGACAAAAAUAUAGAUGAAGAAAAUAAUUUUGAUAAUAAUAGUCAUAUUAAACAAGAAAUUGAAAAUAAUUUAAAUGAUGAUGACAAAUACUAUGGAAGUAAGUAUCAGUAUAUCUUUGAACCAUUCUUAAGAUUAUCUUAUAUACCAAAUAAACCUUAUCCAAGAAUAUUUAUUAAAUCAAAUGUUCCAUAUACAAAAUCAAUUGCUGCAUUAGAUAGAUCUAUUAAUUAUAACUACUAUUCUGUUGCUGGUAAAUGGCAAGUUUCAAUUACUCCUGGUUAUUCUAGAGUAAAUCAAGAAAAUAGUAUAUUAUCAAUAUUGGGAUCUAAAUUUAAUUCUAUAGAAAAAGAAAAGUAUGUUCGUGAAAAACUUAAAGAUAUUGCUUUUAGAUGGAGAAAAUUAACUUUUUCUAAUUCUCAUCAUGAAUUUAAAGGCUGUUCAGUAGGAAGAAAGAGUUCCAUUCCACGUUAUAAAGAAUCAUUCAAAGUUUUUGAUUCAACAAAUCCUUCUUUUAAUAUGUACCCAUCCAAUUUACAAGCAACAAGUGUUUUUGAAAUUAUGAAUUCUGAAUCAAUAUUAUCUGAUCAAUUUAAAGAUAACAGAAAUCAUUGUUCAUAUUAUGGAAAUAUAAGAGAAUGUCUUAGGUUAAUAAGAUCAAGAAUUAGAGAUAAAACUUUAAACUAUGUUUUGGGUCAUUUGUUGAUUAAUAUAAUUUAUGAAACUUGGAUUACAUGGGGAAGUGAAAUAUGGCAUAUUACUUCUUUAUUUAAUAUUGAUAACAUAUUUACAAAUCAUUAUAAUUAUCCUGAUCAAAAUAAUGGUAAUUUACAUACUGGAUUAGAUCCAUUAAAUUCAUUAUUUACUAGAUUAUUUAACGUAAAACCUUUAGUAGAUGAUGAAAAUUUGGAUAUUAUAUCAUUAUUAAAGAAUAAUCUUGUUAAGGAUGAUUUAGAGACUUGUUCAUUAGAAAUGGAUGUAUUUCAGUUUGGUGUUUUAUCAAUUAAUCCAAUAUUAAUAGAUAAUUUCUGGAAAAUAUUUUCAAAUAAUUAUUGUAUGAUGUCUUCAGAUUCUGCUUUUAUUAUGUGGGUUACAAACAAAUUUUCAUUAAAAUUGUAUAAUAAUAAAGAAUCAAAUGAUAUAUUAAACGAAAAUGAAGACAAUUUUAAAAGUCAAGAUGUUGAAAACAAAAACACCAAUAGCAAUUUACAGAAUAGUAGUGAAAUGAAAUCAUGGUUAACAAAUCCAUUACCAACAUAUUUUAAUCAAGUAGAUCCGGAAAUUGAAGUGGAUCUUGUAAAUGAUAUUAAAGAAGAAAUAUUGUUACCAGAGAUUUAUGAAUACAAUGAAUUAUUAGAAAUAUAUAAUAAGAAUGAUCCAGGUAUUGAGAAAGAAAAUUCUAUUAAUAGAAAAAGAUUUUUUAAUAGUAAUUAUUUCAACAGCAAAAAUCAAUUUAAAUGGGUUUCAUUUAUAGUAAGAAACGUACCAUUUAGAGAUUCAAGUCAUAAAAGUCUUGAAUUUAAAUGUGGUAUUGGUUCUUGGCCAUAUAAAGGUGGUGAAUAUUCUUGGAUGGGUAAUUAUUUAUGUGAAGUAAUAUUUUUAUCAUCAAAUUUUUAUUCUAAAAGAUUUGAUUUUUCAUCUUAUAAUAAUUAUUAUAAUAAAGGAGAAGAAAGUGAUGAGGAAGUGAAUAGUAAAUAUGGAAAAGCCAGUAAAGAUGAUAAAGAUGAAUCAUAUGUAAAGAAAUUAAGUAGAAAUAGGAUGAUUGGUAUAGAAUUUGAAACAUCAUACCCACAUAGAUGUGGUAUAGGUUAUUUAGGUAAUGAAUCAAAGAAAACAUUAACAUCAGUUAAGGGAAACCAUUUAUUAAAGAUAUCAUUGGGAUUUUGUAUAUUACAUGGAUUUAAGUUACAAUGGCUAAGUGAUGAUUCAUUUAAUAUAUACACAGAAGUACUAUAUAAAUAUACUCAAACAUUAGAAAAUGGGUUAACAUAUUAUGAGAGAAAUGGAUUUGAAUUAUCAGGUUCAGUUCAACAAAGAGUAUAUUCAAAUAAUACAUGUUCUGGUAUAAUGUUUGAUAAUACAAUAAGAAAUGAUGAAUUAUCAGAAUAUAGUUUUAAGAGUCAAACACUAGAAUGCCAAACAUCUUAUGAUCCAAUAGUAGUAACAGAUGGGAUAAGAAAAGAUGAAUUAUUAUAUAUGAGAGAGAAAUAUUUUAAUUUAAUAUAUAAUUUAAGAUUUGGAUGUGAUCAUAUGGAAUCAAAAAAUAAUGAUUAUUCGGGAAUAGAUAAUCAUUGUUUAAGUUUUUAUCCUUUAUUGGAGAAAGUUGAAUUAGAUUCAAAGAAACCUAAAUGUAAAUUUGAACUAACAAAAGAAUGGAAGUUAAUAAACAAGAAAUUUCCAAAUGAAUGUAAAAUAGGAUCAAGAAUAGGGGAUUGCCAUAUGAAGAUAAGGAAUGAAUUAAAAUGCGGUCAUAAAACGAAUAUUGGUUGUUUAUUUGAUACAUUCAUAACAAAUAAUUUUAUUAAACCAAUAAAUAUUGAAAAGAUAUCAAUACAUUUUAAUCAGAUUUCUCUAUUAUUAAUGCACGGUAUUAAUAAAUAUUCAGCAGAAUGGGACAAAGAAAGUACAAAUUCUUUGCAUGAUAUGAUAUCAAAUUUAGUUUCAAGUAAAGAUUUAAACUUUUAUUUAGAAAAUGGAAUAAAUGGUAUAUUAAAAGAUAGAUUAUCAUUAUUUAUGGAUGAAUUUUCAAAGAAUAGUAAUGAUGAUAUAUUAAAUCAGGCAAAAGAAUUAUUUUCAUAUUCAGGAAUUUGGUUAGAUACACAUUCAUUACCAUUAUUAUGGAGAUUAGCAAUGUUUAGAAUUGAGGAUAUACCAUUAUUUAUUAGUAAACAAGAUUUGUUUACUCGUAUAUUUAAGAACAAAAUCUCAUCAUCUAAUAGUUCAUUUAGAUCAAAAUCUAAAAGUACCAAUGGUGUUUUAUCAGAAGAAAGUUCUUUAAAAAAUAAAUAUGACAUUUCAACAAGUAUUCCACUUUAUUGUCCUUUAGCUAUUGGAUAUUUUUGGAUUGAUAAAUUUAUGUGGCAAAUGUAUAGAUAUCCAGGGUCUAAUUUGCAAACUAUUUCACCUAUUAAAGUAUAA